AGUGUCAGUCUACAAACUCUGAGAGUCGAUGGAUGAAGAUCUCAGACAACAACUGGAGUCAGCACAGGGUAGAGCUGAACAAAGGCAACAACGUGCUGUACUGGCGAACCACGACAUAUGCUCUGCGGGGAAGCGAGGUCAAACCUGUGCUGUUAAGAAACAUUCAGAUCUCAGGGGUGGCCUACACGUCAGAGUGUUUCCACUGUAAACGCACCCACAGCGCUGAACAAGGCUCUGCCCACUGCUCCAUGCCUGCUGAUACCUUCUCCAACAAGGGCGCCACUGUUUGCCAUGAGUGUGAAAAAGACAAAUAUGCAGAGGCUGGUUCAGGAAGCUGCAAACCAAGACCUGCUUGUACAAACAGCGACUACUUCUACACCCACACUCCCUGCGACUCUGAGGGAAAGACUCAGCUCAUGUACAAGUGGAUUGAGCCCAAGAUCUGCAGCGAGACAGUUGAAGGAGCCGUGAAGCUUCCUGCGUCAGGGGAGAAGCAAACCUGUCCGCCAUGUAACCCGGGUUUCUUUGUCUCAAACUCCACCUGUGAGCCCUGCACCAAUGGUUCCUUCUCAAACGGAACAGUUUGUACUAAGUGUCCUGUUGGUACGGAGCCGGUGGUGGGAUUCGAGUACAAGUGGUGGAACAACAUGCCGACCAACAUGAAGAGCUCCAUGUUCCAUCAAAAGUUCAGCGACUCCGAUCGUAAUACAGCCUGGGAGGUGGCUGGAGAAUACAUCUACACAACCCCGGAUCAGGACACCGACUUCCUGAUGCUCACACUCAGUGUCCCUGGAUACAGACUGCCUCAGUCAGCGGUGAAAGACAGUGAAAGGAGUGAAUUGUCCCGCAUCACCUUCGUCUUUGAGACCAAGUGUUCAGCUGACUGCAGAUUAUACUUCUUGGCGGGUUACAAUCAGUGGAACAACGAUGUAGUGGAGCAUUGGACGGGCAGCAACAGAAAACAAUCCUACUCCUACGUGAUCCAGAGCAACAACACUGUCGGCUUCACCUGGACUUUUCAACGAACGCAGGAGUUAAACGUGGAGAAGAAGUUCAGCGCUGAUGUUGCAAAGAUCUACUCCAUCUCAAUCACCAAUGUGAUCAGAGGUGUGGCCUCGCAGUGUCGCCGCUGCCCCCUGAUGUCCGUUAAGGCCGGUUCCGCCUGUGUUCCGUGUCCACCGGGUCACUACAUGGUCAACGGGUCGGGAGAGUGUCAGAGCUGCCCGCCGAACACCUUCAUCAGGGCGGAUCAGCCGGUCGGAAAGGCUGCAUGUAUUCAGUGUGGACCGAACACAAAGACUAACAAGGCCCACACGGCUUGUCUCAACGACUGUACGUUAGCAGUGCAGACGAGUGGAGGAUCCCUGCAGCGCUACGACUUCUCUCCUCUGGCCAACGUCACUGGCUUCCACAGCAGCCCGCGGUUCACCAUCAAAGGCCUGAGAUACUUCCAGCGCUUCAACGUGGGUCUGUGUGGGACAGAGAGCAGAAUCCCGGCUUCCUGCGUGGACAACGUCACCCAGAGUGGGAGGGAGGUCAGAGGUUACGUCUGCCAGUCCACAGUGGUUCCCUCUGACAUCAGGAGUCAGAGCGUCGUGUCCUCCCAGCCUUUCCUCAUCGGUGACUCACUCAUCGGUGUGACCACUAAGACGACCCUGGGUUCCGUCUCUUCUCCAGACUCGUUGUUCCCUGCAGCAUCCGGCCUGCCAGACGUUAUAUUCUACUACAAGUCCAGUGAUACGACUCAGGCUUGUAAAAAAGGCAGAUCAGCCACCAUCAGACUGAGAUGUAAUCCGUCAGUGACUGCUAAAGACCACAUCACACUGCCAAGUAACUGUUCAGAGGGGACGUGUGAUGGUUGCACUUUCCACUUUCUGUGGCAGAGCCAGCAUGCGUGUCCACUCUGCACCAGAAACCACUACAGAGAGAUUGUCAGCGCUUGUAUCCAGGGAAUACAGAGAACCACCUAUGUGUGGCAGCAGCCCCUGCAGUGUUACGGAGGAGAAUCGCUGCCAGCACAAAAAGUCAGCACUUGUGUGACUCUGGAUUUCUGGCUCAAGUUUGGUGUUUCCACAGGAAUCGUCGCUGCUGUGCUUCUCAUCAGUAUCAGCUGUUAUUUCUGGAAAAAGACACGCAAGCUCCAGUAUAAGUACUCCAAGCUGAUGAUGAGCUCUGGGGGUAAAGAGUGUGAGCUGCCUGCUGUGGACAGCUGUGCAAUAAUGGAGGGAGAGGAUGCAGAGGAUGAUCUCAUGGACCUCACCAAGAAAUCCUUCUUCACCAAAAUUAAGUCUUUCUCACGAGAGAGGACAUCAGAUGGAUUUGACUCGGUCCCACUUAAAUCAUCGUCUUCAUGGCAGCUACAAGAGGAGGAAGACACUGAUGAGGCUUAAAUCAAAGGAUGAGCGAAUCCUUCUGUCAAAACAGAGGAAUGCUCAGGUUUUUUUUACAUCAGUGCAGCUCUGACAGCUAAACGGUAUUUCAUUUAUUACUAAAGAUAUGUCUCACUGAUGGAGGUCUUAGGAUCAUGAAAAAUGUGGUGGUAAUGAUUUGCCGAAUGUUACGCUGAAAACCUGAUAUUAAAAUACAAUAGCAGUCUCCAUAUUGGGGAAAAUACUGUAUUUUCAAAGCCCACGAUGUUUUUUAAAAAGAUCUGGGACAUAAACUGGAUCAAGUUACACUUUUUUGUGAAUGCGUCAAGCAUAGCCGUGAGUGUGUAUAUCUUUUGGGUCUUUUCUAUUUGUUUUUUUAGGGUACCUUUUUAAAAAAUAAAAAAUAAAUUAGAGCAGCCAUUUAGUUUCUUUUAAUAUUUUACAGUAUGUGAAUUUUAUUGCCAAAGCUGUUUUCUGUCAUUAAGAUAUGAUUGUGCUUUACUGUGAAGAUAUUUUCUAAAUUAAAUAAACAACAAAAUGUUCA